AUGCAGAUUUAUGCUUUCUUGUUCACGACAUGGCCAUUCUGGUAUCUUGGCGAGGAUGAGGUCCUCGUUUUCCAAAUGAUUGGCUUUGUGGAGAGAUUGCCGGCCGACUGGGAGUCUCAGUGGACAUCAAUGUUAAUAAGGUCGAGCCAUGAUCUGGAGCUAGAUAAAGAUUACGGACCAUCGAAGCUUGAACGGAAGUUUGCUGGGUUGAUGCCUAAUCCGACACUUAAACCUCUACUUCAUGUGAUUCAAGGAUUGAUGCGAUUUUUACCAUCUAGUCGCCUAUCUGCAGAGGAUGCACUUGAUUUGCCUGGCAACGCUUAA